AUGCUGUUCUAAGUCCUCUAUCUUCUUUCGCUUGGCUUAGACACUCUAGUCCUAGAAUUGCUUGAUUCUUUCCUUGUGUUAAUCACCUCUUCCAAUCUUUUAUAUAUAUUUCCUUCUUGUUUCCUGGUAUUGGGUUGUUAGUUUCUUUACAAUUGGAGUUAAGGGAGGGGGAAAAUGCCUGCAGUCGGAGGAAUUGGUCCGGGUACCGGCAAGGAGUACCCGGGGAGCCUUACCCCAUUCGUCACUGUAACAUGUAUUGUUGCAGCCAUGGGGGGUUUGAUAUUUGGUUAUGAUAUUGGGAUUUCUGGUGGAGUGACGACUAUGACUCCAUUUCUCCAAAAGUUCUUCCGAAAAGUGUGGGAGAAGAAGGAAGCCGACAAGUCGACGAACCAGUAUUGCCAAUAUGACAGCCAAACCCUGACGAUGUUCACAUCUUCACUGUAUUUGGCUGCUCUUUUGGCUUCCCUGGUAGCCUCCACCGUCACCCGUAAGCUUGGAAGGAAAUUGUCCAUGCUUUUGGGUGGUUUACUUUUCUUCGCCGGAGCUCUCAUCAAUGGCUUUGCCAAAGCCGUUUGGAUGUUGAUUGUUGGCAGAUUGUUACUUGGUUUCGGUGUCGGAUUUGCCAAUCAGUCUGUGCCACUCUACCUAUCGGAGAUGGCCCCCUACAGAUACAGGGGAGCAUUGAACAUCGGCUUCCAACUGUCAAUUACGGUUGGUAUCCUGAUUGCCAACGUGCUGAAUUAUUUCUUUGCUAAGAUCAAAGGUGGAUGGGGCUGGCGCCUGAGCUUGGGAGGUGCGAUGGUCCCUGCCCUUAUCAUCACAGUUGGAUCCCUCUUUCUCCCAGACACACCAAACUCCAUGAUUGAACGUGGUCAAACCGAGGAAGCCAGAGAGAAACUCAAGAGGAUUCGUGGGAUUGACGAUGUGGAUGAGGAAUUUAGGGACCUUGUUGUUGCCAGUGAUGCAUCAAAGCUAGUUGAGCACCCAUGGAGGAACUUGCUGCAGAGGAAGUACAGGCCGCAUUUAACCAUGGCCAUCCUAAUUCCCUUUUUUCAACAACUAACCGGCAUUAAUGUGAUUAUGUUUUAUGCUCCUGUGUUGUUCAACACAAUUGGAUUCGGAGAUGAUGCUUCCCUCAUGUCUGCUGUGAUCACUGGUGUUGUUAACGUUGCUGCAACGGUGGUUUCUAUCUAUGGUGUUGAUAAGUGGGGGAGGAGAUUCCUUUUCUUAGAGGGUGGAGCUCAAAUGUUGAUCUGCCAGGCUGUUGUGGCAGCUUGCAUUGGUGCUAAGUUCGGGGUCAGUGGGAACCCUGGUGACCUGCCCAAGUGGUACGCCAUUGUUGUGGUGCUAUUCAUCUGCAUUUACGUUUCCGGAUUCGCCUGGUCUUGGGGACCCCUUGGAUGGCUGGUGCCCAGUGAAAUUUUCCCAUUGGAAAUCCGAUCGGCUGCUCAAAGUAUCAACGUGUCUGUCAACAUGCUUUUCACAUUCGCCGUGGCUCAAGUGUUCUUAACCAUGCUCUGCCACUUGAAAUUUGGCCUCUUCCUUUUCUUCGCCUUCUUCGUGGUGCUCAUGUCCAUCUUUAUUUACUACUUCUUGCCUGAGACAAAGGGUAUCCCAAUCGAAGAGAUGAACCAAGUAUGGAAGUCACACUGGUACUGGUCCCGAUUCGUUGAAGACCUCGAUUACCCUAAUGGAGGUGUGGAGAUGGGCAAGGGAGGCCAGGGUUCUAAGAAUGUGUAACUCACCCUGGUUUAACUACUUUUUCUUUGUUCUCAAAUUUAGCUUUUGGGUAGUAGUACAUACUAUUGGCUUUUCAAUGUUCUUGGAUCAAAGUUCCAUAAAAUUUGUUCCUGAUUAAAAAAGUUGUCAAUGUUCCUGCUUUGUUUCACCUGGAAAAAAUUUUAAUACUAUGAUUACCAAUUCCAUGGACAGUUAUUACCAA